AUGUCCUUCAUCAGAGCUGCGAGUAAGGUAGCACAGCAAGUCCUUCUGGCUCCAGGGUGCAGCUGUGAACCCCUGUACGUCUCUGCACGGUGCAUCAGUUUCUCACCACGUCAAGUAACCUCCGAUGCCAGCUUUCACUCUGUGUCCUUCUCCGAGACUGACCACCCCAAAGUUCUGAUCACAGGGGGUCUGGGGCAGCUGGGUGUGGGACUUGCCAAGCUGCUUAGGAAGCAAUUCGGAAACAACAAUGUCAUUUUGUCUGACAUCAGAAAGCCUCCAAAUGAUGUUUUCCACAGCGGUCCAUUUAUCUAUUCCGAUAUAUUGGACUACAAGAAUUUACGAGAAAUUGUUGUGAACAAUCGUAUUACCUGGCUGGUGCACUACAGUGCCCUUCUGAGUGCAGUUGGCGAGGCAAAUGUGACCCUUGCUCGUGAUGUCAACAUCACUGGACUGCACAAUAUCCUUGACAUUGCUGUGGAGCAUGGGCUUCGACUCUUUGUUCCUAGCACAAUAGGAGCUUUUGGACCCACAUCCCCUCGUAACCCCACACCAGACCUGUGCAUCCAGCGGCCACGAACCAUUUAUGGGGUCUCCAAGGUCCAUGCUGAGCUAAUGGGAGAAUAUUACCACCACAGAUAUGGCCUUGACUUCCGUUGUCUCAGGUAUCCGGGCAUCAUCUCAGCAGACUCUCAGCCUGGGGGAGGAACAACAGACUAUGCUGUCCAGAUAUUUCAUGAUGCUAUAAAAACGGGUAAGUUUGUGUGCAACCUAAAGCCUGACACACGCCUCCCUAUGAUGUUCAUCGAUGAUUGUCUGAGAGCCACACUGGAGGUGAUGGAGGCUCCUGCUGAGAUGCUGAGCAUGCGUACCUACAACAUCAACGCCAUGAGCUUCACCCCUGAGGAGCUGGCGCAGGAGGUGCAAAAACAGCUGCCUGAUCUUGAGGUCUCUUAUGAAAUUGACCCAGUUAGACAGGCAAUCGCUGACAGUUGGCCCAUGAACUUUGAAGACAGCAAUGCAAGAAAGGACUGGGGCUGGAAACAUGAAUAUGACUUAGCAGAGCUUGUCCAGAUGAUGCUUAACUUCAUUGGCUCUGACUCUAGAGUUGCACAUGUUAACUGAAUACCAUCACUUAGUCUUGCAUACUUAGGUAUGCUGGACAUUAUGGAAUGUUAUUAGCCUUUCUCUGUAGACUACUAGGUGGGUCCAACCAUAGAAAAAGUGUGCAGUUGGUGGAUUCCCAGACUGUUCGUCUGUGUAGCUUGUCUAGAGUAGAUGGAUGAACAGAUACCAAAUUUCAGGACAGUAGAUCCAGUAACUAAAUCUUGCUGGCACUAGUUUACACAAAAACACCAUCACUGGAUCAUUGUACCAAAGCUGACAGGAAAAAGGUGCUAACUCUUUUGAACGUAGACUUGAAGGCAAGUAUCUAAAAUGUGAAAGCAGUACUGUGAUCUGCAGCUAAUGAGGUGAUAAAGAUGAAUCAUCCAGCUAAACAGAAGAGAGAAACAGUUUUUUACAUAAAAAAUUGUAUUUUAAUGAAGAGCUUAUAAGCAAAAGUUUGGGCUCCUGGUUAGAU